GGUGGUGGUGGUGGUCGUAGCGGUGGCGGAGGAGGCGGGUACGAAUCAGCUGCGGGCAGAGCCAUGGCCAACAUCGCGGUGCAGCGGAUCAAGCGGGAGUUCAAGGAGGUGCUGAAGAGCGAGGAGACGAGCAAAAAUCAAAUUAAAGUAGAUCUUGUAGAUGAGAAUUUUACAGAAUUAAGAGGAGAAAUAGCAGGACCUCCAGACACACCAUAUGAAGGUGGAAGAUAUCAACUAGAGAUAAAAAUACCAGAAACAUAUCCAUUUAAUCCCCCUAAGGUCCGGUUUAUCACUAAAAUAUGGCAUCCUAAUAUUAGUUCCGUCACAGGGGCUAUUUGUUUGGAUAUCCUGAAAGAUCAAUGGGCAGCAGCAAUGACUCUGCGCACGGUAUUAUUGUCAUUGCAAGCACUGUUGGCAGCUGCGGAACCAGAUGACCCCCAAGAUGCAGUAGUAGCGAAUCAGUACAAACAAAAUCCUGAAAUGUUCAAGCAGACAGCUCGGCUUUGGGCACAUGUGUAUGCUGGAGCACCAGUUUCUAGUCCAGAAUACACCAAAAAAAUAGAAAACCUGUGUGCUAUGGGCUUUGAUAGGAAUGCAGUAAUAGUGGCCUUGUCUUCAAAAUCAUGGGAUGUAGAGACUGCAACAGAACUGCUUCUGAGUAACUGAGGCACGGAGCUGCUGCCAGCCAUGCCCACCUCUUGAGGAGCACCAACAUCUGUUAUUUUUAGGAUUCUGCAUAAAUUUCUUUUAAACUGGCAUUCUUGCCUAAUGAUGUUAUCUAGGCACCAUUGGAGACUGCAAAAAAAAAAAAAUUCCCUGCUCUGUAAAUAAAGCUAAUUAAACGUCUGUGUAAAUUUACAAAGGGGAAAUACUUUAAUUUUUUUCUUAAUAGUGUAAAAAUUCAUUGAGCUAAGCUAAAACCAUGGAAACCCAUGCUCCGUUAGUAUUUAGCAGUGUAACAGACUAGCGACUUUGCUUCAGGGUUCUGUUGAAUAACUAGGGUGACCCUCGAGUGAGUGUCGCCGCCACCACCGCUCACAUUGUCGUGUUGCAGCAGAGCCCCCCUAAGCGUUUGAACCUGGGUCCUCUGUGCCUGUGACUUGACUUGCAUGCCUGUACUUGAGUUCUUAGGAUGGGGAGCUGAAAAGACCACCCUUUUAAGCAUUAGGAAAUUCUUGAAUUAUGCGAUUUAUCCAGAUUUAGAGAUGACCUAAUUAGAGCCUUCUGGUCCCUGUGGACGGGUAAGGACGCUCUUAUUUUUUUCCCUGUUACCAUCCAGAGCUAAGAUUUUCCUGGUCAGUUUCUCUGUGUUUGGUGGGAACCGUGCUGAGGAAGUGUCCUUGUUCCGUUUUUAGGUCAUAGAUUUGAAAUGUUUUGUCUGAGUUCUUCACUGUGUAAGUAAUAAUGUAAAAAUGGCUGCCAAUUUUAUUUCUCUUAUAAAAGAAGUAAUACUUGAUGUUGCAGUAUUCGCAGGUUUAAUAAAAGGACCCUACUUAGUUUUUCAGUGAAUUUGACAUUUUUAAACUGUUGAAAUCUUUGGAAACUUGAAGGAUGCAGCCAACUGUUUCCAUUGGUGUCCGGUGUAACUGGGACUUUAUAGUUGGCUUCAUCAGACACGUGAGGUGACUCUGCUUGCACUCCCCAUGUCCACACAUGAAAGAAGGCUGUUCGUGUCUCACUGUACAUACUCAGAUGCACUUAGGAAUAGGCGUGCGUUAUAACUCUAGCUUUCGUUAUGAUGUUUCUGAGAAUGUGAGAAUUAACCUUCCCUUCUCCUGUACAUAGACUUCCUGUUCUUAAUGACGUCACAUCUCAUUCUAAGUUCAAAGUUUGAAAAUGUUCGUUUUACAAACUCAAACACUUAAUUUAACCAUCUUAAUAAGGUUCAAAUGAAUUUAUGUAGGCAGUUGUUACAUAGGAGGUACAAUUAUAAAUUUUGAGGACCAAUGCAUAAAUAACAGAAAUGUAAUGGAAUCAGUCUGAAUUAAAGUAAGGCUCUCUAUUGAAAGUCAUAUUCUAAAAGGUUUGUUUUCUUGAAGUGUUCUUCAUCUUAUAGUCAUAAAGUGUUUGGAAAAUACUUUUUGAACCUAUUAACUCAGCAUAACUUCAUUUGACUUUUCAAUAAUCUUGAUACUACAAGCAAUAAAAGAACCAUGAACUAUACUAUAACAUUAAAGAUGUGAAGGUUCUUCCAGCAACUUGUAAGGCUUUCACAGUUACCGGUGGCUUCGUGUUGCUGGUCCUGCACACUAUAAACUCAAGCUGCUAUGUUCUCCAUGUUUGCGGAUGCACACAUUUCCUGUUGCAACCACAUCCUUUUAUUGCUGUAGUUUAUUUUCUAAAGAUGCCAAAGGAAACAAGUUUUUCUUUAUUUAUUUUAAAUAGCUAAAACUGUACUUUUCUUUAUAUUCUGAGAUUAGAUGGAAUUGUGUGACAUUAUGGACAAUUUAGCUCCAUUAUUGAUUAGAAAGUGUUUUUUUUUUUUUUUUUUUUUUUUUUUUGUAAGUGGAGGUGGCUUGAUAACACUAAUAUUUGGAUAUUUAAAAGAAUGAAACAUUGUUGGAGUUGACUCUUUGCCUGUAUUGUCAGGGUAUACUGUCUGGUCAGACACAGACGAGAACUAACUCAGAUGGGCAGAGUCAAGCAUUACCUACUUUGCUCGUGGAGGCAGCUAUGUCCUGGUUGGAUUUUUUUAUUUUUAUUUUUAUUUUUGCAUAUUGGCCUCAGACUGGGCCGAUCCUGUGUGUACUAAAUACACUGAAGGGUCCCCAGCAUCCAGGAGAUUGGAGAAGGUAGAACAUUGGCUUUCACCGAUUUUACAUGAUGUUGCCUUUAUAGAAAGGGAUUUUCAGCUGGGUGUGGUGGCAGAUUCUCUUGUGAUCCCAGCUCUUGGGUGCUAGGACCAUGAGUUCAAGGCUCUCUGGGUUACAUAAGCAAGUCUGCUUGAGAUUCCUCAUUUUCAUUUCACGUGAUAAUAGCCUUUUCUGGCAUAUUUCCUCUCUGUCCUCUUGGGUUGUUUUGAACUUCCCAACUGGUAGGUUUAGUUUAUCAAAAACAAAAACAAAAACAAAAAAAAAAAAGCUUAGGCUUUUUAUUCUGGUAUUAAAUAUGUUUAGGAAAGUAUUAAAAAUUCAGGCUUAGUACCCUGAUGGAAAUUAUUUUUAAAUUCUGUUUUGAGAAUUUGUCAGUUUAAAAUGUCCUAAAAAGUUUUUGGUCUGGGUGUGGUGGUGCAUGCUUUUAGUCCUGGGCUUUUUGAGAGGCAGAGGCAACGUUUUUGAGUUCGAGGCCAUUCUCGUCUACAUAGUAAGUUCCACACCAGCCAGGACUCCACAGACGUUGUCGGGCACCUCCCCUCCCCAGCAAUUUUAGUGAGACCUCAUUUAGAGCAUGCAGAUUUACUACAAGUCACUGACCCUCUAGUGGGCUUUUACAUGGUCCAGCGUUUUUCUUGAGCCUGGGCCUGACUUUUAGUAGAAAACUUAGUUGUGAGCCUGUUGGGAUAGAUCACAGGAAUGUGUGACUCCAAGCACAGGAUGUAGAUACUUACGGCACACUGGUACUAGCCAGCUGCCCCAAGUUUGUGCUCUCAAAUGUUUCUUGGUUUACUUAAACACGUAACACCUUCUAAAAUAUGUUAAUGUUUGGAAUCUUGAGUAUUUUCCUUUUGAGAAGUGUAACCUAUAAAACGAGAUUAAAACACUUUUUAUUGAAA